AUGGACUCAUCAUCUGCCACAUACCAAGACGUUGUUGACCGCGUACUCGCCGUCACUACACCCACGGAAGCACCACGGGAUGAGCCGACGUGCUUUGUCUGUGGUCGAGAAUAUGGAAGCAUCGGUGCAGGCGUCGAGACACACCUGGACUUCCUCAGCCAACUACCGGGAGCAUACAGGAAGACCUUCCUCGAACAAACUGUCGAACCAAUCCGGACACCAUGUGGACAUGUCUUCUGCCUUUCUUGUCUGAGUGUGUGGUUCAAAAGAAAGCGAAGAUGUCUUUGCCCCAUGUGUCGCGAGCCGAUUGAGAUUCCCUUCCUCUAUGAACUAGAAAACACAGACGACGGUCGACGCGAUGUCGGCAUCCAGGGCCUCUCCCUAUCCCUGCAUAUACCAACAUCUCUGGCAAAGGAGACGUACCGCAUCAUUAACUUGCAGACUCGAGAACUGCUCACCACUACCGCUCCGAUGCCGUUCCAGUGGAAUGCAGAAGCCAUGAUCCACGAUUUGCCCAUUAUGAUGAUCAACGUUGCUCGCCGCUUCCAUUACCAGUCGUUGAGAAAAGAGGAAGGGGUACCCAAAGAUCCCUCGUACAUGAAGCGACACAACCCAGUACAUCUCAUAACGGCACAACCUCGGUUCAACGAUCCCACGUCUCUCGCGCGCCCUGACGCACCUCUCGCCAAGCACGCAGAUGCUUUUGAGAUGUACCGGCUCGUAUGCGACCGUAUCAGGGAUCUUGAGGGCACAGUAGGUGACGGCUGCGGUCGAUGCGCAAACUGGGAGGCCUUAGCGCAGGCAUUGAUGUACAGAAUCGUUCGACAGAAGAUGCCUCAGGCCGACGGAGGUAUCAGCCGGAUGCGUUGGCGGCACUAUGUGUGGUGCGUGAUCAAGGCGGUGUUUGUCUGGCAAGCGUACUGCGAGCGCGCACGUAGGUUGAUGUGCCUGCGUACACAGCAAGUGAGCGUUGAUACUACAAGGACAGAGGAGGGCGUCCGAAUGUAUCAGGUGGGCUGA